GUCGCCUCAACACUGAAGGUCAGACUAGUGUGUGAACUUUGUUAGAGUCAAAUUCAGUUUUUUUGUACGUCCGUCAGUCUCGUGUCUGCAACAUGGAUGAGUCAAAUUCAGUGUUUCGAGUUUCUAUCUCCUAGUGCCUAAUCAAGGUGCCCCUGUCAAAAGAAGUAGAAUAGAGCUGUAUUUCUACAUCGCAAAUCACAAAUGCAUCUGUAUCACUGUAUGCACCUGCUAGCUUAUGGUGUUCCCAAAUCAUACUGCUCUGAAAUAUCACAUUCAGUUUCAGAUAUAUCAUUAACCUGCAUACCAGCGAAAAUAUGUUAUUUGCAGUAUGCACACUACAAUGGCCUUGGGCAGUAAAUAUAUCGGCACUCGCAUGAAAUGGGUCAACUGUGAAGACCAGACAUACAGCGGAUCUGCAGUUCAGAUGUAUGGCAAAUGUAAUCUUCCAAAAUUGCAGAUCAUGAUUUGUGACCUGAUACGGCCAGCGAUGGUGGGAACCAGGGACUCGUCUUCCAGAUUCCAGCAGCAGCUGGCGGUCGUGACGGCCGGUGCUCGGAUGCCCCAUCAUCAGUUUGGAUUCAAUGGUCAUGUCAGCCCGCAGCAUUACGCUGCUAUGGCACAUGGGGUUGAUUCCUACGACUUGGCGGCUGGUCAUCUGGUACAAGGUGGAUCCACUCACUAGAUGUUGUUUCAUUAAGCAAGAUGACACUCACGAUCUCAACUCAAGUAGCUGCGGAUAGUGAUGCUUAUUGCUUUCUUCAUUUUUUUUCUUAAAUUUUUUCCUUCCCCUAUAUAAGGUGGGUCUUGAUGUUGUACAAAUGAAAUUAAUGUACAGUGUGUGAAUAUAACUUUGGCAUUUGCAGUGUUGUUCUCCUACUUGUGACAUUUGGUUUCAGCAACUAAAAC